AAAGAACUCUAGUACAAGCAUAGGAGCUGGUGGAUUAGUAACCACAUAUAUCAGGCUCUCAUCUGCUCCUGACACUGAGUGUUUGCUGCCAUCUAGUCUAGAAUGGAUUCAGACUGUCUUUCAAGCAGAUCUUCCUCACCAGAAUUUGACAGAGAAAGCCCCCAGUUCUUGAGUGGGGCAAUGUUCCAGGCACAUAGUGUGGGACAGAGACUGACUACCAGAGGGAGAGUAAAAGCUGGCGAGACAGAACUUACCCAAGAAAAUCUACAAGAGCUUCGUCUAAAGGUGAACAGUCGCGAAAGACAACGCAUGCAUGACCUCAACCAAGCUAUGGAUGGUCUGCGGGAAGUGAUGCCUUACUCUCAUGGGCCCUCUGUGCGAAAGCUCUCCAAGAUUUCCACUUUGAUAUUGGCUCGAAACUACAUCGUUAUGUUGUCUAAUUCUUUAGAGGAAAUGAAAAGGCUGGUCAAUGAUGUAUAUGGAAGUCGUCGUGCUCCAGGGCGUGCAAGCUCUCUACCCACCAGAGUGCAACAACUACCACCAGUAAUGGGAACAGUGCCAACAUCAGACUAUGCCACUUAUUUAAGUUUGUCCUCUUCAGAUAUCUGCCAACCUUCUGCUGCUGCUCAACAUUUUCUAGGGCUGCCAUGCCCAUGUCACAUUUGCCAGUAUCUGCCCCAGCCACCACCAAGGACUGCUGCUGCUGUUUCACUUUCAAGACCCAGAAAAUAAUUAAUGGAGGGAAAAGAACUGAACUUUUUGCAUCUUAAAGGUAACCCAGACAACCGUUUCACAGAUCAACCCAGUUUUAUGUCAAAUCUGGCCCCUUGUCUGAAUCUGCCUUUAUCAAAAGGACAUUAAUGUACUAUGUGGCUUCCAUUAAUUACACUGUGUGUUCAGCUGCAUUUCAUGUGUUUUUACUCUCCUUCAUUCCAGGACCAACCGCUGUUAUAAAUGUCAUUCAUAUAUAUUUAUAUAUUAUGGUACAUAUAUAGAGUGUAAUUUUUUUUAUAAAUAAAAUGUAAAAUCUAUGUACGGUUUGCCUCUUCCAUGCGUGUAUAGGGCUGUGUAUCAAAUUUG